UGGGGGGAAAAUUAUUUCUAGGGUUCAUGAUCGCGUCGCGGGCGCUAGCUGGACGAUCCACGACUGGAUUGGAGAGGCGCAUUGGAGUAUUGGAUUGGAGGUAUGCCGCGCUGCUCCUUUUCAGCAGAGGAUUCCAGGAGAGAUCCAAGCGACCGAAGAUUGGGGCGGGGAUUCCCGUGAAGCCGCCAUUGGCACCAAAGAAGCCGCUGGACGAUUGGGACAUCGAGAGUGAUCCCGAGGGGGAUUUUGAGCCGACUAGGAAAUGCAAAUCGCUGCUCAAGAAGAGGGGACGUUGGUCUUUGCAUAUGGCCAAAAUUCUUGCUACAUUCUCCACAACGAGCCUCAACAAUGCUAUCAAAUGGGGAUGCUUACCGGACGAAUGCUAUGAUGCUGUUAUGACGCUCCAGAAGAUGGAAGCCACUGGAGUUUUGGUUGGAAAGCGAAGGCUCUAUAACUACUUGGCGGGUUUGCUUCACAAUGCCAGCCCUUCUGUGGUGGAGUAUGUUUUGCAUAGUCUGCAACGCGAAGAGCCUGCCAUCAAGAGAAUUGGAGGAAUUAGAGACAAUGAGAUGGAAGAGUAUACCAUGAGCUUGUCUGACAAAUGGUUUGAUGGCCUCAUGUCCGGAAACUUGAAUAUCCACAAUGACAUCCAUUGUUUACCAUACGAGAUGUUUGACAGAGAGGAGCUCCGGUGGCUUAUAAAGAACCUCAAGGGAAGGAUUUACAUGAGAGACAAGCUUCCAAUGAAGGAUCCGCUGUGGGAGCAUCGAUCAACGAAAUGCGUCCGUGCUGAGAACCGCUUGAGACGUUUCUUACAAGAUCUAGCCCGGAGAGAUUACAGUGGUAAAGCUUACGACAAGGCACAAAAGGAGGAGGCAAAAACCGGUGUAUGCAGACCAUUUGUUCUCAACUGGAAGUAACACGAUGAAGUUCCGAGAAUACAGUGUCACAUUUCAACAGCCUUUAAAAUGGUCGUCCAAAACUCGCUCGUUUC